UUGACGGUAGCAACAUGGACGCUAAGCGCGAAGCUCAACCUGACGAGUCUCCCACCGAGACCGUGAAGCGGACCAAAACUGAGACUGAAAAUGGAGAUAAAGCUGAUCGGAGUGAUGUGCAUGUUCUAUCCGGUUUUCAAAUGACGGCUGUGUUGAGUGAAUCCGCCCGAGAAAAGAACAUCUUUCUUCAAGGAAAGCUAAAUGACGAGACGGCCGUGGUCAUCUUGGGUAAGACGCCCAUUGAGCAAGGCACCUUGCCUGACAUCUUCGCGGAGUCGACUCUGCAGCUGAAGAUGAAGAACGACAUCUACAGCGAGUACCGCCUCCAGCCUCCCGCUCAGCUCAAUGAGAUGAAGGUGACUAUAGUCCAUCCUGCCACCAAAGAGCAUGUCAACAAGUAUACGCGCCAGGACCGAGUGCUGGUAGAGGAGACUGGAGAAGACUACCAGUCCAUCACCCUGCCAUUCAUCCAUGCACAGAGUUUUAGUCUGAAGUGGGUGUACAACAUUCUAGAGAAGAAGGCAGAGAAAGACCGGAUAGUGUUCGAAGAUCCAGAUGAGAAAGUUGGAUUCAUCCUUCUCCCUGAUUUAAAAUGGGACCAGAAGCAGACAGAGGACUUGUACCUGAUUGCCAUCGCUCAGCAGAGGAACAUCAAGAGCCUGAGAGACCUUAGGUCCGAGCACCUGCCGCUGCUGGAGAACAUCCUCCAGAGGGGGAAGGAUGCCAUCCAGCAGCGGUACAGGCUACCUGCCAGCAAGCUGAGGGUUUACCUUCACUACCAGCCAUCCUACUACCAUCUCCAUGUGCACUUCACCAAUCUAAAUUACGAGGCUCCUGGCUGUGACGUGGAGAGAGCUCACCUGCUCACAGAUGUCAUCCAAAACCUGCAGUCUGACCGGGACUACUACAUCAAAAGGACUCUUCACUUCCCUUUACGGACUGACAACAAACUGGUCAGUCUGUUUGAGGAGGCAGGCAGACUGUAGGCCACUGCAAGGACACUUUAAAUCAUAAAGUGUUGUCUGUUCACCUGCAUCUGUGCUUUUUCCAUCCAGAUCAAUAAACAUUUAUCUUAGCUAUUUGACACAUGAGAGUAAUGGAACAUGGUGUGAACUGUAUGUGGUUUCAGUGACAUUGGCGUUUUUGUUCCCUUUAGUUCUCAUGAGGUCAUGAGGUACAUGUCUAAUUUGAACCUAUUACCUAAUUCCACGUAGCAAAUCCGGUAAGAGGAUACCGUUUUUAUUAGACGUUCUUUGAGAGCGCGGUUGUAUUAUCAGUUAUUACCACUAGAUGGCGGUGUUGCACACAUCUCUAAACAUGAACACCCUCCUGAAGUUCGUUGUUCAUUUUCACUGAAGCGCGAUGCAACUAAUGCUAUCAAGACCGCACUCACUGUUCUUAAUCUUCUUAUUGACGGCCCUUGCCAAAGUACCCCCACACCCCACUCAACAUUUACAUUCAUAUUCCUGAACUUAAACCUUAAAAAAACCACUGCUUUUGUUGAUGCGACAUAACGACUAUAAGUUCUGUCGCACUACUUUAAGUCCCGCAACGGUGCAUUUGCUGCGUUCGACAGUGGUCAGGAUAGUUGAUCUACAUUUCGGUUGCUGUGAAUAUUUGUUAAAAAGACAGUGCAUCCUUUACUAUUUAUGUUCCCACGCAUGUUUUUCCGUGGUUUCAACAACAACUCU